AUGCUAAUAAUAAUGAUCAUUGUUUAUAGGGUAAAUGGGGCAAUAAUCCAAGGGUUUGAGGAUGAUGUUGGGACAAAGACGUCUUUCUACGGCUUCACCACCAACUCUCUCAAGAACUCAUUAAUUGGUUAUUACCAAGACGGCUGACAAGUGCCACGUGAUCCGGGCACUGGGUAUAUUUGUAUCCCUGCCGAAACUGGAGACUAUGUGAUGCUGGCAGCUGCCAUCCAGAGUGUGUCUGUACCCUCGGGACCUGAUAAAGGUGACAGGCCCUCAGAACUUUUUGGAUAUAAUACUGAAACACAUGAGUUCAAGAUGAUCCAUCUUCAAUAUGUGGCUCAAAGGUUCCUGAAAUCUCCACAGCUGGAGCAAUAUAGAGAUUUGUACAUGCCCAGCACGGGUGCACUGAUGCUUUUGAUUGCUUUACACUUGUGCCCUCAGGUCUCUGCAUAUGGCUUUAUCACAGAAAAUUACAAAGACUUCUCAGACCAUUACUAUGACAAGGUGAUGAAGCCGCUGGUCUUCUAUGCUAACCAUGACAUGGAGAUGGAGGGACAUCUGUGGAAGCAGUUGCACUCUCAAAAAGUCUUGUGGCUAAAUCAGAGACAAAAAAGGACAUGA